UUAGAUUCAAUGUCGAAUAUCAACGAAAAAGAUUUAUCGGAGUUUCUUGAGUCAAAUCUCCGGUCUCUCAACGAUAUUGACGAUGCCGUUGCAACUUCUUCAGCAGAAUGCAAUUAUGAAGAUUAUGAAGAAUUCACAAAUUCUGUUGACCUGACUUUUUUCGAGCAAGAUCUGAGUGGAGUUCUGAAAGAGCUAAAGAAACUUGCCGAAAGCGUUGUAAUCUCGGGAAAGAAAUGCGAUAUUCGGAAUAUUUUUGAAGAAAGUGAUGUGGCGACAAUGAAGUUUAAUCUAUUCGUCUGGUAUUUUCUCGAAAACGGACAGAGAUCUGACAGUUCGGAAGAGGAUGUUGAUAAAGGAGUUUCUGCUGCCAGUAGUUAUAUUGCUAUGUGCUCAUUGCCUGGAGCAAUCUCAGAUCUUUAUCAAAUUGGUUUAUACAAUCAAUGUCUGAAAAUUAUUCGAAACUGUUGUCAUACAGUUAGGAUAGGAGAGACUGUCGUUACAAAAAAAUCAAGUGGAGCAAAGAAAAAGAAAGCGGGUGGAAAGUCAGACGAAACAAAUGUGGAUGGAGAAAUGACUGUAACAACGGGAGCAGCAGAUCCUAUAAUUGGUCCCCCUCGAAUUGCUGUCGAUUCGGCUGAGCGAUACCUGCAUCAUCUCACAACCCAGUUAUUUGCUUUUCUGCAUAGCAACACCUUCAGUAUUGAUACACCAACACUCAUGAGCACACUAGAAGUCGUGGAAGACAUCGGCCGUUUAGAUCUUGACAAUCGAACCGCAGGAAGAGCGAUUCGAGCGAAUUCAGUCCACGAGUUCCGAUCGUUGGAGCGAUUUACGGAUCGAUACUGUGCAUUUGUGCAUUCUUUAGUAGAAAGCAAGUAUAAAACAAGAGCAGAAGUGGCUUACGGAAGACUUAUUCGCCCUCGCCUUGCGCUGAUGCCAUAUCCAGAUGAAAGCAAUAAAUCUUCAAAGAUUUCAACGGAGAGAAAGAGAUCUGGUGAAUUACAUGUCAAUUUAAUUCUAUCACGAAUUUCAAGAAAUCCCGAAGCAAGAGAGUUGAAGUAUAUUCAGACAGUUACUGUGAUGGUGUAUUCACAAUGUCCAGAUCUAGCCGAGUUUCGAACAAAUAUCGCCACGUUUAUCCACAAGAUUCUCGAAGCUCUUCCAUACACAUAUACCUAUGAUUUUGUCCAGUUCAUGAAUGUCUUGUUCAAAGGCCGCGGAGCCGGAGUAAAAUCCUUGUCUACAGAGCUCUCGAGUAUUCUCAUCAGCAGUUUUGACUUCACCGCACCUGACCCAGGAGCUAUUCCAAACUUGGACGCAGAGCAGAAUGAAGAAGAGGAUGAGGAGGAGGAAGGGGAAGAUGAAGAAGAGGAGGAAGAAAACGAGCAGGAUGAUGUUGCAGUCAAAGAGGAAGAACAGUCGGAUAAAUCAGACGAAGAGAAUGAUGGCGAUAACGAGGAGAAUGUUUCUAAAAAGAAAGAAGAGAAGAAGAAAGAAAAGAAGGCGAAGGAAGUUAAAGAAGUUGGUCGAAUGGAUGCAAUGUCUGUUCUGUAUAACAUCGUUUACAUGGCUUGUUUGGAUAAAGCUGCAGCUAUGCGACUUCACGGAGCCAAUAGUUUGACGAAAAUCCUUCAGUCUCAAUCGCAUCGAGAAGCUUUCCAAUUGUUCUGCGCAACAAUAAAUGCGGAAAUGGAUGAAAAGUUCGGCGCAGUGGGCGACAACCUGAGUGAAAGUCUUGAAGAUUUAAAUGUUUCUGGUAAAGCACCAAGUAGUAAAACAAAAAAGCCAACGGAUCUACUUCUCGACGAGCAGCAAAUCAUUCAAAAGUUCAAUAAGUUGAAACUGAUGAACAAGGGAGAGACACGCGUUGAAAAGGAUAUAGUUUAUAUGAUCGUGCGCCGACUAUCAACUGACGACAAGGCUCCGGUCAAGAAGGCUGCGUGCUCGCUUCUCAAAUCAUAUCUAUCAUAUUGCGACGAAGCAUCGAAAUUUGAAGUUGUGCUUUCAAUUCUUCAAAUGUUAUGUCGAGACAGAAUGGUUUCAGUCAGAAAAACUGGAGCCGAUGCGUUUACAGAACUUAUGUUACGAGAUGCAAUCCUUUUCAAAGAAAGUCUCAGUUCAAAAUGGCUUCACACCUUGAUCUCGAUGCUGAAUGAUACAGAUAAUGACGUCACUGAACAUGCCAGAAAGUUGAUUAUGAAAGUUCUCACUCCCUUACUCGAAAACUCAUCGGAUCUCACAUGGACGCUGUUAGAUACAAUUGAAUCUGUCACCAAUCACCGUCAAUACCUCAUGAGCACAUUGAAAGAUGCAGUUCGUGAAAAACUCGUCAAGCGCACAGUAAUGGAUUCGAUGAAGCAGCACAUUAUUAGUGGCAGUGAGAAACUGGAUGGCGCAUGGAUGGUGUUCUCGCAGUUGUGUGUUCAGUUUGAACAGAACGUUGAUUUUGCGAUUGAGACGUUCAGCAGAGUUGACUUGUCUCGAGAAUCAAAUCUCGUGCAAUACAUGAUCCACGUCAUUGAGAACAAUAUCAAGAAAAUCGAUGACGAUACAAAAUCAGAUCUUGUGAACACUUUGCAAGGAACUUUUCGUGAUUAUUGCCUGCAUCCAUCUCAUUCUAGAAGUAUCUACCAUUGUCUCGGAAAGUUAAUGGACGGAAUUGGUGAUAGAUCUCUUCAUGGAAAAGAGUUCAGCGAUUUCGGAGAGACUCUUCUCAUUAAAUGUUUCGAUACGAUCGUGCAAUCGUUUGAGAUGUUCAAAGACAAAGAUGAAUGGAAACGAAAUUCCGAAAGUCAAGAAAGGCUUCUAUGUACAGCUCUCAACGUGGCAUCUGAAGUAUUUUCCUAUUCACCACAACUUGUUCCGCGACAUGAACGACUCGGAAAAACGCUUUCGCUGAUUGUGAAUUCCACGGAAAACGGUUCUUCUGAUGCGUCGACAGUUAAUCCAGAUAUGCCUUCUGUUCAUCAUACACGACCACCAACUCAGUUAUCCGAAGUUCCAUCAUCACAGAAGUCUUCCAAGGGUGGUAUGAUGUCCCAUGAAGGUGCCAUGUUCAGUGAUAAAGUCCGUGCAGUUGGAGUCGUCACCUUGGCGAAUAUGAUUUUGGCGCACGAUCGUCUAUUGAAACUGAUGCCGAUGCUUGUGAAACAGCUUCAAUACAAUACAGCUCAUCAAAUUCGGUCUAAUAUCGUACUAGCCAUUGGUGAUAUUUGUUCAUCCUACAAAACAGAUCGAUAUGCGCCAAUGCUCGCUGCAUCGUUGUGUGAUCCUUCAGUUAUUGUUCGUCGACACGCCAUCAAUCAGAUUGCUCGACUAAUCUCGUUUGGUAUUUUUCGGUUUAAUGGAGAAAUCAUGAUCCGUAUGAUGUUAGCUUCUCUUGACGCCAAUGAAGAUGUUCGGAAUGACGCAAAACUUUACAUUAGUGAGGUUCUCCAAUCUGAAGAGCCCAACUUCUUCCCUCUCAACUUUGUACAGUACAUGAUUGCACUUACGCAAGCUCGACGAUUGGUUGGAGUUGGUCACGAUGAAGAUGACAGAGGACAAGUUGAUGUUGCUAUUGGAGGUGGUGAUCCAUUGGCUAGACCAUCCAGAAUUGCCAUCUACACGUUCAUGAUUGAUUCUUUGGAUGAUCGUUCCCGAUUUGAUGUGAAAAUGAGCAUUUGUCAGCGUAUCUUUACUCCGAUUGUCAAUGGAGAGUACGAUUUCAGCGAUUACAAUGUUCAAUGCCUACUUGACGAUGCUCUUUUGAUAAUGGCUUCAAACGAAAUGCAAGUGAAAAUGGACGUCGGGAAGAAUCCUAAUGAAAAUGCGAUGGAUGAUCCAUCUCCCGAAGUUUUGGAAGCUGCAACCGGCUUCAUGCAAAAAGUAUAUCUGGAUCACUACAUGAAAACCAUCGUACCUUCUAUCCUAUCUCUUCGUGAAUUUCUCAAUCAACAUCGCUCGCCGCUCCAAAGAAAGUGUCUUCUCGCGAUUCGAAUGAUAUGUAUUGAACACAAGAACGAUAUAGACGAAAUACUUCAAGACAAUCGUCAAUUGAAGGACGAGAUGAUGUUUGAAUUGCAAAGAGUUAAACAGAGAACAGAGGAGGCGAAUAGAAUUCUCGACGAGUAUUUGAAGAGAGUCGCUGAGUUUAAAAAGCAGCAGAAGAGACUUUCGAAAUCGCCGGCGCCAAUGGAACUCGAUGCUGAGCCAGUUCAAGAGAGUGCUGAAGCUGUUGAGAUGGGGUCACCUGCUAGAAGAAUCGAGGAAGAUCAAGAAAACGUGGAAGAAGAAGUAGAAAUGAGAACUCCACAGAAGAAGAACCCGGAUGCUGAUGUGCCCAGAACUCCAUUAAAUGCUCUCCGAAGUACCACAGAAGAGAAGUCUACUCCGAAUGCGAGACUAUUGUCACCAAAAACUAUUAAAAAGAUUCGUCGCUCUCUGGGAGCACUUAUUCACACUGAAAUGCGCCUUAAUCCUCCAAAUUUGGAAGAAACCAAGAUAGAUGAUACGACGAUAAACCGUUCUAAACAGGCCGACAAGACAGAAGAGAAGACCAUUGUAGAGGAGGAACCAAUGGAAGAGGCAGCCGCCGAGAAAACUGUGACAGCCGAAAAUGAUCAUGUUGAUGCGGAGAAAACUGUGAUAGCUGUUGAAAUACCUCCAGCUACAGAAGCUGAAGAGGACGAGGUGGUCGAUGUGCAAUCGGAAUCUAGAAGAUCUCGUCGUAGAAAAACGCCAAAUUACGAUGAUGAAGAGUCUGUGGAUGCUGAUGGAAAAAUAUGGAAGAAGCCGAAAAUUGUCAACAAAUCCCCGGAAAAGGAAGUCAAUAUUUCGGCCAACGUCACUUUGCGUCGUAGUCGUCGGGGUCAGUCAACAGAGCCACCAGUCGUGAAAGAGAAUUCUAAUCGAAAACGGAAAUCUGUUGACGAGGAAGAGGAAAAUGUGCCAACAAGUUCAUCUGGUAACACUGAAAAUGAUCCACUGUCACGCGGAGUGACUCCGUUGAUUUUCGAUGAAAGUAAGCUUGGUGCAGGACGUCAUUGUUCAACUCCGAUUCGAUCACGAGAAGACGCAGAUCCAAGCGAUGUCACAUUCUCCCUUAAUUUGUCGGCUAUUACCGAAAAGGAAGACUUGAAAAACAGAAGUAAGAAAGUCAAGCUUAUCACCUUCACAAUAUCUUCGAAGAGGAUGAAGAGGAAAGCUGAUCAAUGUCAUUGUAUAAAUCUUCCAUCGAAAUUUGUCUUAUUUAUCUCAACUGUUUGUAUUAUUGUAAGAUUGUCCGCUGUUUUUUCAUUAAAUUAAUCUGUUCCUUUU